AUGAACUCGAUCCGCGCCGCAACCAGCGGCUCCCGCGCCAUCGCCUCUACCCUUUCCGCCACCCCACGUACCGCCACCCGUGCCUUCUCGCGAUCACAAGCAAAGCAGUCCGGUCAUGGGCCUAGUUACGACCCUCCAUCAGGAUGGCUGUUCGGUGUUAAGCCCGGCGAAGCGUAUGAGAAGGAGGGGUGGGAAAAUGCCAUGUACUGGGGUUUCGGAGGUGCAUGUGCGUUUGGAGUUGUCGCUUAUGCUUUCAAGCCUGAUACCAGCAUCCAAACCUGGGCCCUAGAGGAGGCACGACGAAGACUUGAAGCCGAGGGUAUCCUCUCAGACCCGGAUACCAUCAAGAAGGAAUAG